UUAAUGCCUCCCCCUCUACCAUAUCACUAUGUUUAAAAACUAAUGAGGAGUAUUAGCAAAUCCCGGAAGAGUAGGUAAACUUCUAGACAACCUAAAAAAACAAAACAUAAAAAUCCAAUCCACAAAGCACAAACAGUCAAACACCAUACUCCUUAAUAAAUGUCAAAAUUAAAACGCAUCUUUUCCCCCCCUCCUCAUCUCAUUCUCUCAGCGUCAAAUACUUCCUGUUGUCUCUCUUUUUUUUCUUCUUCUAAUAUUCUCUCUCCUCACCUAGUCACCCUUUGCUACUCCUACUCCAGCUCAUGAUUACAGAUUACUUGCCAUAACUUACAGGUGUUACCACUUCUAAAUCCCCACUAAUUAAAAACACUCAAGAAUUUCCUUAAAAUAAUCAAGGAGAACGUACCAAAGUUGCUCUCAAAUCCAUUAAAAAUGGAAGGAAUUACCAAUUCUAAAGGCAGCCCAUUAAGGAAAUCAACACCUUCUUCUCCUUCUCCUUCUUCUUUAUCUUCUUCUUCUCCUUCAUCUGACAAAAAACAAAAGAAAAAACUCUUUAAACUAGAAGAAGAAAAACUUGGUUUGCUUCAAAAUCUUGACGACCCAAUGAAUACCUCUUUCAACUCUGAUUUCACCGUUAAAGUUGAACAACCUUCACAACCCUCUUCUUCUAGCGACAUUUCCGGCGAACCCAAAAAAUCUCCGGCGAAUGUCGCCGGAGAUAUCCCACCUCUGUUACGUGGGUCAAGCUACGACUUCCAAAACGACGCCUUUUUUCCUAAUAAAAAGAAGGCACACCAAAACGACAUCAACAAUGCCGUUUUGGUGGAAGAUGAUGAUGAAUCUUCUGGAGAGUUCGAUUUUCCGAAGAGUGAACUAGAUUUGGAGAACCAAAUUUUGUCACCUGUUACUGAAAGUCCAAAUGAGUAUGGAAAAAUUACACCCAGAACUCACCAUCAUACGGUGUCGUUCAAGGAGGCUGAGUUGGUUCAGAGGAGACCAAGUGAUAGUCAUAAUCAAAACGCUGCGGUUGGGGUGAGUGGAAGGGAGGAUCAAGUAGUUCAGUGCAGCUCAAACGCGUCGUUUCAGCAGAGGAAAUCUGGGUUGUUAAUGAGGUCAAAGACAAAGUCAAGGUUAAUGGACCCACCAGAUGAAGAUAAAAGAUCUGGAAGAGUAAAUAAUAAUAGGUCUGGGUUUUUGGGUAAAAGUGAGGAGAUUGAAGAAGAUGAUCCCUUUGAUGAGGAUUUUCCAGAGGAAUAUAAAAAGGGUAAAAUUAGUUUUUUUACUGUUUUACAGUGGGUAAGUUUGGUGUUGAUUGUUGCUGCUUUAGUUUGUAGUCUUGUGAUUGGGAAAUUGAGGGAUAAAGCUAUAUGGGAUAUGCAGUUGUGGAAGUGGGAAGUAAUGGGAUUAGUGUUAAUUUGUGGGGGGUUAGUUUCUGGCUGGUUAAUUAGGAUUGUUGUGUUUUUUAUAGAACGUAAUUUCUUGCUUCGAAAGCGUGUUUUGUAUUUUGUUUAUGGGUUAAGAAGUUCAGUGCAGAAGUUUUUGUGGUUGGGUUGGGUUUUACUUGCUUGGAUUUUGAUAUUGGAUAAGAAAGUUGAGAAGGAGACUAAGAGUCAAGUGUUGCCGUAUGUAACCAAGAUUUUGAUAUGUUUUAUGGUGGCUACAUUGAUGUGGUUAGUCAAGACAUUGCUUCUUAAGGUGUUGGCGAUGAAUUUUCAUGUUAGCGCCUUCUUUGAUCGAAUUCAGGAUGCGUUGUUUAAUCAGUAUGUGAUUGAGACGUUGUCUGGACCACCUUACCUUGAGAUUCAGCGUAAUCAGGAAGAGGAGGAUAGAGUAGUUUCUGAGGUUCAGAAGCUUCAGAAUGCUGGGGUUUAUAUCCCACCUGAUCUUAGGGCCAACUGUUUUCCUAACGAGGGGAAGCCGCCUGUGGGGAGUGCAAGGUCCGCUGCAAGUGCAUUGCAGAGGAGCCCUCGUAUUGGGAAGAGUCCUAGGAGUUCGGUGAUUGGGAAGAGUCCUAGAGCACCUUCUAAUUCUAGGAGAGAAGAGUUAGAAGAGAAGGAUGGAAUCAGUAUUGAUCACUUGCAUAGGUGGAAUCAGAAGAAUGUGUCUGCUUGGAACAUGAAGAAGUUGAUGAAUAUUGCGCGGAAGGGGGUUCUGUCAACUCUUGAUGAGCAACUUGAUCAGCGUGUUGAGGAGGAGGACUCGGCAUUGCAGAUUCGUAGUGAGAAGGAAGCAAAAGCUGCUGCCAAGAGGAUAUUCACUAAUGUGGCUGGACCAGGUUCAAAACAUGUACAUGAGUCAGACUUGAUGCGCUUUCUGAGAGAAGAUGAAGUACACCGGACAAUUAGUCAAUUUGAAGGAGCUGGUGAUGGUAAAGGUAUCAGCAAGCGGGCACUUAAAAACUGGGUGGUUAAUGUGUUCAGAGAAAGGAGGGCUCUUGCGCUCUCUCUUAAUGACACGAAGACAGCUGUGAACAAGCUUCACCAUCUGGUGAAUAUUGUUGUUGGUAUCGCUGUAGUGAUUAUCUGGCUUCUAAUCCUAGGUGUCCCUGUUACUCACUUCCUGGUCUUUGUGAGCUCCCAAGUUGUUGUACUGGCUUUUAUGUUUGGGAACACCUGCAAAACAACAUUUGAAGCAAUCAUCUUUCUGUUUGUUAUGCAUCCAUUUGACGUGGGUGAUCGUUGUGAAAUCGAUGGGGUUCAGAUGAUUGUGGAGGAGAUGAACAUAUUGACUACUGUGUUUCUGAAAUUUGACAACCAUAAAAUCAUUUAUCCUAAUAGCGUGCUAGCAACGAAGCCUAUCAGUAACUACUAUAGAAGUCCAGAUAUGGGAGAUGCCAUUGAUUUUCACGUCCAUGUCUCAUCUUCGGUGGAAAAGUUAUCGUUGAUGAAAGAAAGAAUAACAAGGUAUAUCGACAACAAGUCGGAUCACUGGUACGCCCCAAUGAUAGUAAUGAGGGAUGUGGAGGACAUGAACCGGAUAAGAUUUUCGCUAUGGGUAUCACAUCGAAUGAACCACCAAGACAUGGGAGAGAGGUGGGUGAGGAGAUCUGCUCUUGUCGAGGAGAUGAUCAAGAUUUUCAGAGAGCUCGACAUAGAGUACCGGAUGUUGCCUAUGGAUGUCAAUGUUAGAAACAUGCCAGCUUUGGUUUCUGAUAGACUUCCAUCUAACUGGACUACCACUGGUAGAUGAACAUGUUUUUGGAACAAGCAUGAGAAAAAGCGGCUCUUUUCAAUACCUUUGGUCCAAAACGUACAUGAUGCUAGUGUUGCUAGCGGGGAAUUAUGUGAAAGGUUAAUUUACGAGGGCCUUUUUUUCCAACUUUUUUGCCUUUCUUGUAGCACCAGUUUUUCUUGUGAAAAUUGGCCUGAGUUGAGAAUUUAUAUGUAUAUUAUCGUCAUUGAUUAAUAGUCUACUUAGUAGGACGUGCUUUCUCUGUUCAAUGUGGACCAAUAAUAGUAAUGGUAAUGGGAUCUUCAUAUUUGAAUAUUCAA